CUGCUCGUAACCCCGCCGCGAGAGCGGCGCCGGUGCCGGAGAGAGGAAGGGAGAGAAGCGUGAAUCUGCCGAAAUCGACUAGCCGAAGGUCGGCGCGCUCGCUCUCUCCGCUCAGAGACACCCAGUAAAAUCAGUGGGAAGAAGAAGAGCAAAUGAAUAAUUCACAGAAGAACUCUUCGCCGCCGAGCUCUGUUUGUUCGGCCAUGUCGGCGGCGUGUGGGAAAGGGCAGAAGAAAUGGAGGCUGAAGGACUUCUUCCUGUUCCGCAGCGCGUCGGAAGGACGCGCCGCCGACAAAGACCCUCUGAAGAAGUACACUGCGGCGUUCAGACGGUCGAGCUUCGGAGGAACCGAUAGCCCCGGGUCAGGGUCAGGAUCCGGUUCGAGAAGAAGGGGACCGGUUUCGGCUCACGAGAGGCAUUACAAUGUGAACCGGGCGGUUUCGGAGGAUCUGAAGAAGAAAAGCUUCCUACCGUACAAGCAGGGUAUUUUGGGGCGGCUCGCAUUCAAUCCCGCCGUACACGCCUUGGCCAAUGGCUUCGGCUUUUCUCGUAAAUGAAUAUAUAAAUUAAUUAUUUAUUUUGCUUAAAUUAAUCUUUUUUUCCCUUUGUUAAUUUUGGAUUUAAUUCAUGCAUCAACAAUUUUUAUACGAUGUGCAAAAAUGUUACGCUUUGAUUGAAUGAUAUAUGUUAACGUGUGUUUUUAUGUGUU